GCCGCCGGGCCCCGGGUCACCCUCACCGCCGACUUCAGACAGGAGGUGAAGAUCUUUCGUGCCUUAAUCCUGGGGGAGCUGGAGAGGGGCCAGAGCCAGUUCCAAGCCCUCUGCUUCGUCACGCGGCUGCACCGCAACGAGAUCAUCCCCAGCGAGUCCAUGGCCAAGCUGCGGCAGAAAAACCCCAGGACAGUGAGGCAGGCUGAGGAGGUGAGGGGCCUGGAGCAUCUCAGCAUGGAUGUAGCUGUCAACUUCAGCAAGGGAGCCCAGCUGAGCUCUCACAUCCACAAUGUCUGUGCAGAGGCCAAAGAAGCAAUUUAUACCCGAGAAGAAGAUGUCAAAUUUUGGCUGGAGAAAGGGGUGGAUGGCUCCAUGUUCGAGGUCCUGCCCCAGACAGCUGACCUGCCUGGCCUGCAGCGCUGCAGGCUGAGCUCUGAGCUCUGGAAACCCUGCAUCUGCAGCUACUCCCUGAGCAUCGAGUGGUACCCCUGCAUGCUCAAGUACUGCAAGAGCCGUGACGCUGCGGGCAAAGUUUCCUCUUACAAAUGCGGCAUCCGCAGCUGCCAGAAGGGCUACACCUUUGAUUACUACGUGCCACAGAAGCAGCUCUGCCUCUGGGAUGAGGAGACCUAGCAGAGCCAGGCCAGAGCUUUUCAAGGGGCAGCUCAUCUGCCUCCAUUUAUCGUCCUAAGAGCCUCCUGGCGCUGGCUGCUCCAAAGAAGGAACGAGGUUCUCAGCACCAGGAGGGCUCUGUGUGUGAGUGCCUUGCCUUCUUGGCCCCCUGGGACUCCCUCCCCGCCUCAUGCUGCCUCAUCCUGUGAUAAGCAGGCUCA